AUGUCCUCUAUCCCAUCAACAAAAAAAAGAAAACAACAACAGACUUCUAUUGACUUUACAAAGCAAUCCGAUCAAACCAAGAAACUUAAACCUUCAAAAAUAAUUCAAGACGAAGAAGACAACGACGUUGAGAUUAUUGAUAUUACAAGUGUUGCCUCAUCAAAGCCUAAAAUGAAAGCAAUGGCAGUAACAUCAUCAUCUGCAAGUACAAAUUCUUCUUCAUCACCAAACAAUAACAACAAUUCAACACUAACAUCCACUUCGUCAUCUUCAGGAGGAUUUACUAAAAAGUCAUUGACUCCAUCCACUGGAGGUGGGUUGACCAAUAACAACAACAUGACCACCUCCCCCCUUCCAUCAGCAUCACAAAAAAAGAAAAUACUCAAAAUUAAGCCCUUCACCAUCAAACCAACCGUUGAUGAAAAUUUCGAAGAAGAGACUUGGAACAAACUUAAAUCAGCCGUAAUAGCCAUUCAACAAAAACAAUCGAUUUCGAUUGGACAAGAAGAGCUUUAUCAACUUUGCUCUGAUUUGUGUAGACACAAAAAAUAUGAAAGCACUUUUAACAAAUUGAAAGAAUUAUGUAGCCAGAAUAUUGAAAGCAUUGUGGAUGAUUUAACCAACAAAACACCAGAGCAUACUGCUUUCUUGAAUAUUGUUGUGAAAAGCUGGGAAGACUUUACAGAACAAUUGAAAUCUAUUCGAUCAAUAUUUCUCUAUCUUGAAAGAUCCUAUGUGGUUUCCUUGCCAGAUAAAACCAUAUGGGACAUGGGAUUAAAAAUAUAUAGAGAAUGUCUAAAGAACAAUGAACAAGUAGGAAAAAAGAUAAUUUCUGGUAUUUUAUAUCUCAUUCAACAAGAAAGAAAUGGUGAAAGCAUCGAUAGGUCCAUUGUGCAACGUCUUGUGAGAAUGUUGAUGGCCCUUCAAUUAUACGAAGAUUAUUUCGAAAAAUCAUUUCUCGAAGAAACUAGAGAUUUCUACUCUGCAGAUGGACUAACGCAUGUGGACACGCUCAAUCCUCCAGAAUAUUUAUUGUACGUUGAAACUAGGUUAAGACAAGAAUCAGAAAGAGUGAACAAUUAUCUGUCAAAGACAACUAAACGACCACUCAUUCAAAUUACAGAACAUGAACUGAUCAAGAAACAUGCAAAAACCAUUUUAGAAAAAGGAUUCUAUGAAAUGAUGGAAUCUCACCGAAUUUUUGAUCUGAGUCGAUUGUAUGGUUUAUUAAGAUUAGUAGAUGAACUGGAAUUACUCAAAGAAUAUUUCACAGACUAUAUGAAGGCAAAAGGAAGUAGAAUUGUUAAAGAUGAAGAAAAUGAAAAGAAUAUGGUUCAAGAGACUCUACAGUUAAAAAGCAAGGUCGAUGAGCUGUAUGAACAAGCUUUUCACAAGAAUGAACAAUUCAUGUAUGCCAUAAGAAAGGCAUUUGAACACUUUUUGAAUUUGGUUCCAAACAAACCAAGUGAACUGAUUGCAAAAUACAUUGAUUCGAAAUUGAAAUCUGGUAACAAGGGAUUAACCGAAUCUGAAUUGGAGAGAUGUAUGGAUAACGCACAUGCCAUUGUCAAAUACAUUCAUGGAAAGGACAUCUUUGAGGCAUUUUAUAAGAAAGAUUUAGCAAAGAGACUCUUAUUGGGAAGAUGUGCGUCCUAUGAUGCAGAAAGGAUAAUGAUCGCUAAACUCAAAACAGAAUGUGGUCCUCAAUUUACGAACAAACUUGAAGGCAUGUUCAAAGAUGUCGAUAUUUCCAAUGAAAUGAUGGCAAACUUUAAGAAAAGUAAGGAAUACAAAACAUUAUGUUCCGAGUUGGGGGCAGACGACUCCUCGACCAUGCCUUUCGAGUUAAAUGUCACCAUACUAACGAGCAGUAAUUGGCCCAAUUACACUCCAGAUACUCUAAAUUUACCAAAGGAAAUUUCAUUGGCUCAAGAGGCCUACAAGGAUUUCUAUGUUAACAAACAUUCUGGUCGUGUUCUUAAGUGGAUUCACAGCCUUGGUCAAUGUACUUUGAAAUCUCUCUUUCCUUCGGGACGAAAAGAGUUACUUGUAUCCUUCUAUCAAGCCCUCACACUCUUACAAUUUAAUAACCAAGACAAAAUCCCUUAUACAGAACUGAAAAAACUCACAGGUAUCGAGGAUGCAAAGGAGUUUAUGCUCACCAUGCAAUCCCUAACAUUACACAAAGUGAAAGUAUUGAGAAAGGAAAGAAAAGGAACAGACAUUAAGGAAGAUGAUGUGUUCUUUGUGAAUGAUGAAUUUACUCAUCCACUCACUAAAAUUAAGGUCAACUCUCUGCAACUCAAAGAAACUAAAAAAGAAAGAGCAGAAACUACUGAAAAGGUUCUAUUAGAUCGAAGUUAUGUCAUUGAUGCUGCCAUUGUGAGAAUUAUGAAGGCAAGAAAAACUCUCACUCAUCAACAAUUAUUGGCAGAAGUGUUAAAACAAAUUCGAUUCCCAACGACUGGUCAAGAUAUAAAGAAGAGAAUUGAAAGUUUAAUUGACAGAGAUUAUCUGGAAAGAGAUACAAAUUCACAAGCUGGUAGUUCCUCCUGUACCUACCAUUAUGUUGCUUAG